CGCGCUACAUACCGGUUUAUAAGGUCACAUCUCUCGGCGGUAUAUUACACUCGGACAACUUUUAAAUAUAUACCAGACUUGUUGAACAUUAAAAUCUCCAGGAAAAUAUAGCUUUAGCUCAGGUUUAAUAUGUCCUAUGGCAGUUAGUUCUGAGCGUUGAGUAGUUUUGGAAGUGCAGAGCUACUAGGUUUACUAUCAUCGGAAUAUGAACAUGGACACAUUUGCACCGUAGAUCUCUGCUCGGACAUUGCUGUCAGAGAUGGGAAAAUGGGAGUUAACCAUGGAUCCAGUUCAGGAGUGGGGUGAGGAGUUUGAGGAUGGAGCGGUGUUCGGCAUCACGCUGCGCAGGGAGCCGGUGCAGCAGUCAGAAGAGGCGGCCGAGGCCUCUCCCUGCUCUGCAUAUGUUCAGUACCGUACAUCUAAAGUCCGGAGGCUGAAGGCAGCCACGCUGAACCGUGUGGUAGAUCACCUGCUUGAUCCCUGCUGCCAAGAGCAGGACUAUGGGAGAAUACUUCUUUCUACAUACCGCACGUUUACCAGCACCACCAAACUCAUCGAGCUCCUUUUCCAAAGAGCCAGUCUUGACUCCGAACUCGACAACAAGUGCGAUAAGAGCUCUCUAUGGACACUACUCCAGACCUGGUUGGAUGAGUUUGCUGAGGAUUUCAGGGAUCCUCCAAUGCACUCGUCGUUGCGUGCAAUGUGCCUGCAGCUGAGGCAACACACCUCUCUUUCAGCCCUGGCCAAAUGCUAUGAGGCGCUCCUCAAGAAAUUUCAAGCAGAAGAUGUGGUGAACAAAGAUGAACAUGUUGUGAAUAAAGAUGAAGCCGAUGGAGAACAGCAGCCAGACUUUGGUCAGGGAGAGAAGGACUUAAAUGAGGAAAACAAUCAGGCAGACUUUAUGGAGUUUUCUGUUACAGAACUCGCAGAACAGCUCACUAAACAGGAUUCUGAGCUCUUUGUGAAGGUGGUCCCCUUCCAGUGUCUGGGCUGUGUGUGGUCACAGAGAGACAAGAAUGAAAACCUCUCAGCCACUAUUCGUGCCACCAUCUCCCAGUUCAACACUAUUACCAACCGCGUCAUCACAUCACUGCUUUGCCCCUCCAUCUCUCCUUCAUCCACUCUGUCAUCCACUCCAAACCAGAGAGCACGAGUCAUUGAGAAGUGGAUACGAGUUGCACAGGAGUGCAAGCAACUAAAGAACUUCUCCUCCCUGAGGGCCAUUUUGUCUGCGCUCCAGUCCAACCCGAUUUACAGGCUGAGGAAGACCUGGGCUGCAGUGAGCAGAGAAAGUGAGAGCACUUUUGAGAACCUGUGUGAAACUUUUCCAGAUGAGAACUGUGUGUUGAGAAGCAGAGAAAUCCUUGUGGAGGAUGGGAGCCAGGCAACCAUGGACAAUAUUUUACCCAAGACAUCCAAGCAGUGUCCCCUGUCCAAACAGAUGUGCACCAACAGUGGAGUCGUGCCCUACCUGGGAACAUAUCUGACAGUACUCACCAUGCUGGAUACAGCACUGCCUGAUACUGUGGAGCAUGACUUCAUAAAUUUUGAGAAGCGCAGAAGGGAGUAUGAGAUUUUGUCUCAGAUCCGUCAGCUCCAGGCGUCCUGCUCUCAGUACACUUUACCAGACCAUCCCCAGAUUGCGAACUGGUUACAAUCUCACAGGCUGCUCACGGAUCAGGAAAGUGAUGAAUUGUCAAGACAGCUGGAGCCUCCACUUGACAACUGUUCACCAUCCAGCAGUACUGCCUCGAAUCAGCGUUCACUCACCAAAAUGAUUACUUCCCUUCUGAAUGUGACGGAGAGCACCAAAAAGAAUGCCGACCAGAUAAGUGUCUCAUCUUCCGGAUCCAGCAGUUCUGAAAUGGAGGAUCUCUCAACAAAUCAGUCAUCUCCUACUGAAUCACAGUCACUUUCUAGCUCCUGCCAAAACAUGGCUGAAAUCAUUUCUUCUCCUUCACCUACGGGCUCUUCUGGCUCCUCCACCAGCUCUCACAGCGAUCUCAUAUUCACUCUACCGUCCACUUCAUCAGCUCCGCACAAGCCUGGCCAUAAGCGCUCAGUCUCCACCUCUGCACUGCCCCUGUACAACAGGCAGGUGGCUGACUCCUGCAUCAUCAGGAUCAGCGUAGAGAGCAGUAACAAUGGCAACAUGUACAAAAGCAUUCUGCUGACUAGUCAGGAAAAAACAGCCCAGGUGAUUGAGAGGGCCCUGCAGAAACACAACAUGGAGAACGCCAGUGACCAUGACUUCAGUCUCAUCCAGAUGUUGCCUCAAGGCAAAGAGCUUAUCAUUCCAGAUAAAGCCAACGUCUUCUAUGCGAUGUCAACUUCGGCCAACUAUGACUUUGUUUUACGCCGUUGUCCAAAAGGCCAGCGGAAACAACUCGCACGCUCCGCAUCAAUGUCAGCAGGACGGUCUACGAAAUGACAGAACUCAAGAAAACUCGUGAUGAGAAGAGGUCGAAUUUGCUGGGAAAUCUGUAGUAUAGUAACGUCCUAGUUUAGUUACUAGUAUAGUAACGUCCCUGAAAUUGUUAUGAUUUAAUUUUUUAUAUACAAAAUGUACAUAGAAUAUAUGUAUAUAGUCAAACAUUUAUACUUAUUUAAUGGUAGCUAUUUGCUACAUGACACAUAUUUUUCUAAUAAUGCUAAUAAGGUAAUAACUGCUCACGUUAAACUUACCCGGGGAGUUGAGGCAAAACAUGUUUCUAAUCUGCCAGUGAUACAAUGAAAGUGUAGAGGCUUAACAUUUAUAUUAAUAUAAGUCUACAGUGGUUUAUUGUGUGUACCGGGUUGUAGCAGUAAGGUUUCUGAUCCCACAUGUUGGCUCUGUCUUUCUGAAUUUGAGAUAAAAUCACAGGCUAGAGAAUGACUGCGUAAAAUGCAGCUCACACACACACACAUGCGCACAGACACACAUACGCACAGAUCACAUGGCCUGAGUUUUGCUGUCAGUUUCUGUUAUUUUGAGCGUUACUAUCCUCGUUGCAUUCUUUGCAUACCAAAUUACGUAAUCAAGUGCUUCAUCAUGCUGUAGAAUUUAUGGACUUUAAAGUAUCUCUUUAGGUAUGGAACUGGAAUUCAUUUCUAUUUCACUGAAGCUCAUUCAUACUUCAUUUUGCGGUUACAUGUCCUUUACUGCAAAUGAGGCUUUGUAUGUAUCAUAUGUAUACAAUACAUUAACAUUUAAUGUCAUUGGCAAUGUUUAUUCCAAUAAGUUGCCCUUAACAUAUUUGUAGAACAACUUGCCAUUUCCAUAAUCAUAUUCUAUAAGCAGAGACGUUUCAGCAAGUUAAUACUUCAUAUCUUGAGAAAACAUGAUCAAAGUAAGAUGUCCUGUCUGCCUUUAAAGCGGAUAUAGUAAAGAACAAAGACGCUUAUUAAGAUCCAAUGUUCCUUUUCCACAACACAGCGCCAUAGUAUUAUCGAUUGGGUGGCUACUUUUGUGUGUGUGUGUGUGUGUGUGUGUGUGUGUGUGUGUGUAAGAUAAAGUUACAGCACUGACAGGCACAGUGGCAUUCCACCAUCCCAUUGUAAAAGUGAUAGAGGUCUAAUCAGUAGUUUCUGUUCAUUUUACCAACUCCACCGAAAUGUCUUGCACUUUCCUCCUCUUGUUCCUGACUGAGGCUUUGGAGAAAAUCUGCUACUGUUACUGAUGUCUAUUUAUUCUUUAGUGCUUUAACCUCUUGAGACAUGGGCUUUACUGUUGUGUACAUUGUAACUUAUUCCCACUGUUACUCUUUGUUAGAACCUGAUAACAAUGAACCAAAACAAUGUCAUCAAAGAGGAAGAAUUAUACCUAACUCUCCUCAUAUGGGGAUCAUACAGAGAUACACAAUGAUCAGCCAGAACAUUACCAUGGUAUACUCCUUCCUGAGCCUUAGGUCUCCUGGGAUAGGUUUCAGUCUGCCUGUAAUCCUGUACAGGAUAAGAGGUAUAGAAGAUGAAUGAAUAAAUUAAAGAG